AUUGAACAACUACGAUUCUGUUAGCUGUCAGCAAUUUGCAUGCAAUCACCUUUCCGCAGUCUGAUCUCGAUCUACUAUCCUCGACCGCUGAGCCAUCAUUCGGUCCUCCAACAUGAAGGCCCGCGUUGCUCCUCCGCAGUCAGCAGAUCCACAUGUUAUCUAUGUCGCUGAGAAACUGCCCGGCGAUGACUGGCACGGUAUAUCGGAUGCAAAGGAACGUAGGAGGCGCCAGAACCGGUUGAAUCAGAGAGUCCGCCGUUAUAAGGCAAGACUUGCGCAGGCUGGUUCCAUCGCCUCGAACGGACAAAGCCAUCCGGUCAUAACGCCUACUCAAUCAACCUUGAAUAUAGAGUCAAUAGGCCAGCUCCAGAGUACUCAACCUUAUCCAGGACAAAUUGUAGAGCCUGAAGUCACGACCCUCACCCGCUUACCUGCAGGCCACAAUGGCAGCGAAGAUAGCAAUGAAACAACAAUCAGGAACACGACAUCUCCACAGGCCCAAGUCGAUGCAUUAUGUUCCGAGAAUCCUCACAGAGAUAAAGCGAACAUUCUACUUCAACGGAUAGCCGAGUUCCACUCGAGCUACCAGUUGAAUUGUCCGCAAGCAGACCAUCUUCUCUCCCUAACCAGGAUGAAUGUGCAUCGCGCAUUUGUCGCUAAUAUGGCUACUCUCGGUAUUACAUGGGAGUGGAUGAAAGACGACUCAAUAUCUCCCUUCUCCCUUGGGAGGCCUGGACAUGACCUUGCUGUUCUACCCGAUAGUCUACGGCCCACAGAGCUUCAGCGCCGCAGUCCUCACCACACUUGGAUUGACUUGUUUCCAUGUCCUAUCAUGAGGAAUAAUUUGAUUCGGGUAGGUGAUGACUGGGAUGAUGAGGAGUUGUGUACGGAUAUCAUGGGAUACUGGGAUGGUACUUCCACGGGGCCCUUUGGGCUGAUUAUUUGGGGAGAGCCUUCUGACCCUAGAAGCUGGGAGAUUACAGAAGGGUUCUUGAAGAAAUGGGGCCGGCUGGUACAUGGUUGUGUGGAUUUGAUGUGGUCGACGAAUCACUGGCGAGCGAAGCGAGGGGAAAGACCGUUGUUCUCGAUGACGAAGGUAUACCGCCAGCUGGGUCAGACAUAAUUGCAAAGCCAGCUUAGGAGACAUAAUAAAUGAGGGUCAAUA